UAAACCAAGACUAACUUGCCGGUCGCAUGCAAUUCUCUAAAUCACGAUAUAUAUUCGAUAUUCGCAAUGGCAUCGCAAAGUCAUUAUCACAAUAGCUGCAAAAUACAAAUCAAAAUUUCGAGAUUUUUUACAAAGUGGCGCAAUUUUAAAAUUAAACAUUCUUGAUUCACAUGAAUAUAGAACAAUUUUUGAAGGAAACGUUCUUCUUUUUGUCGAAAAAUUUUGUUUUCGCAAAGGAAAAAUUCCGAAAACGUGUCCAAAGGAACGGUGCAAGAAUCGUAACACAGACAUCAAACGUCUCAUCGCUCUCUCAGUCAAAAUGGCAUCCCAAAAUGGUAAUCGAGAAGAAUUCGUUGAAGGUUGGACUCUUGCGCAGACUCUUGGAGAGGGUGCAUAUGGCGAAGUUAAAUUAUUGCUGAACAAACAAACCGGUGAGGCGGUUGCAAUGAAAAUGGUCGAUACGCGUAAGCAUCCCGAUGCAUCUGCAUCGGUAAAAAAGGAAGUAUGCAUUCAAAAAUUCUUACAACAUACACACAUACUACGAUAUUUUGGGACGCGACGACAAAACGAAAUCGAGUAUAUAUUCUUGGAAUAUGCUGCCGGCGGUGAACUGUUUGAUCGAAUCGAGCCGGACAUUGGAAUGCGAGCGAAUGAGGCAAGACAUUUUUUUAAUCAGUUAAUGGAUGGUGUGAAUUAUUUGCAUGGAAAGGGGGUUGCGCAUCGUGACUUAAAGCCCGAAAAUCUAUUGCUUGACGAACACGACAAUUUAAAAAUAUCGGAUUUCGGCAUGGCCACUAUGUUCAGAAUAAAGGGCAAAGAGCGUUUACUCGAUAAACGAUGCGGAACACUGCCAUAUGUUGCUCCAGAAAUUCUUGUGAGGCCAUACAAUGCAACAGCAGCCGAUAUUUGGUCUUGUGGCGUUAUUUUGGUGGCCAUGUUAUCUGGCGAGUUGCCAUGGGAUGAACCGACAACGGGUUGUGCUGAAUUUGUCAAAUGGAAGGGUGACAACUCUUGGAUGACAAUAACACCGUGGAGUAAAUUGGAAACACUAGCGUUAUCAUUGCUCCGGAAAUUACUUGAACCGGAUUCAGGAAAGCGAAUCACUGUUAAGGAAAUUAUUGAACAUAAAUGGUGUAAAUUAAGUGAAACUGUAGAAAAUGAUCGAGAAACGCCACGGGCCAAACGCUUCCGACCGAAUGACUUCAUGAAUGUCGAUAAGCCCGUUAAUCUAUCACAGCCCGUGCCACAAACGGUAGAGCUGAAGAAUGUGGCCGGCGAUGAUCAACGAAAUGAUUUCUGUUUCUCACAGCCAACACUUAUGGAAGAUCUUAUAUUGUGUACACAAAUGAAUCCCACACAAAACACCCAAAAUCCGUUCCAUCGUCUUGUUAAGCGUAUGACACGGUUCAGUGUAACAACCACCACAGACGAUACAGUCAAACGAAUUAUUGAUACUGUUUCAACAAUGGGAUAUACAUGGAAAAAGACAGACAUCAAUCAUAUUACUGUGUCAACGAUUGAUCGACGAAAAAUUAAUUUGGUUUUCAAAAUUAAUCUCAUUGAAAUGAACAAUGUUAUUUUAGUCGAUUUUCGACUUUCAAAAGGUGACGGCAUUGAGUUCAAACGACGAUUCAUUCAAAUCAAGAAAUCAUUGGCCGACAUCAUUGGUAAAGAGCAACAUUCUUGGUAGCAUCAAGUGACACAUUUUUUUUGUUGGAACCGUGUAUUGAGCAUGCGGAAAAUUAAACAAUUUGCUGACAUUUGGGCUAAUUAGUUAACAUUAGAAUAGGUUGUUUUUUUACCAUCGUUUUUAUUACAAUGACUACAACAUCACGCUACCUUAUUUCGUUUAAGCUGUUAAUGUACAAAUAUUUGUAACAUGUAGAUUGUUUAAGUAAAACAUUUUCCCAUUGAAAAUAAAAAUUGAAUAAAUUGAUUUGGUCAAAUAAAA